UAGUAUAUGCUCUAAGAUACCUCUUGAACCGAAAACAGCCCAUUCAGUCUGUCAAAAUCAUUCGUCUGUAGUGGGGAGAUAUCCAGAAAAGUCCUUAACCUCUGACACUAGGGAACAUCGUAAUUACAACAGGUCCGAUGACGGUUUUUAUCAAGUCAAUAAUCAGAUGUUAUACCGAUCCUAUUACUGUUAUUGCUAGUGUACGUAUCCUUCGUCAUCCCUAUUGUUUUUAAUUGCUUAAUCUGAAAAUUUAGCAAUCCGCGUGAAAAUGAAUCAACAAGGGCAUAGUAAUUGCAACAAUAACCAGUUUAGAGCCAUCCCGGACCUCGGAAGAAGAGGAAUCCCCCACCUUUGCCACCCCGUACAAAUAGAUCUGUUCAAAGUUACCAGCCAAUGUAUGGGGAUCACAGAUCGUUGCCUUCACCGUAUUACAGUGGAUAUGGAACAGGCAUGAAUUACAGAGGCUAUGGAGGCUAUGGCUCAUAUGGUGGAUAUGGCGGGAUGUCAGGUUAUAAUUCAUAUAAUCAAUUUGGCGGGCCUAGUGGCGAUGUAGAGAAUCGAUUUGUCCAGUUAGCCGAAGAGAGAACCAGGCCAGCAUUCCAAUCCAUAGAAACAAUGGUACACACAUUUUCAUCUAUCACAAUGAUGCUUGAAUCAACUUUUUUUGCAAUGACAAGCUCGUUUAGAGCCAUUCUUAGCGUAGCAGACAACAUAGGUAGAUUACGCUCCAUGUUCGGACACUUCUUGGAUACAUUUGCUCUUAUUAGAUUUAUGAAGUGGUUGUACUGGAAGAGUAUGUACACGCUGGGAUUACGCCCUGACGAUCCAAACAGUGAAUUGUUAUGGCGCCAGACAGCAAUUGAAGUCAUGAAUGGAGGGAAAACGGGAUCUUCUAGUUGGCCAAUUUUCAUGUUUCUCAGCAUGUUGUUUGCCAUUCCUUAUUUAGUCCAUAAAUUAGUUCAUAAUGCCAAAGAACUUAAAAUAAACACUGAUAAUCCAAAAGAAUGGUUCCAACAGAACGAGCCUAUGUAUACAGCAACAGCGACAUAUGACUUUAAUGCCACUUCUAGUGAAGAACUCAGUUUAAGAUGUGGACAAAAAAUUUGGCUAGCACCAAAAUCUCUGCAACCUAAGGAUACACCUGGUUGGUGGAAAGCAACGGAUAGUGUGAACGUGGGUUUGAUACCAUCUUCAUAUGUGACAGUGGUUGGGCAGAUUAAAAAAAAAUCAACAGUCCUUGAACAGGGAACAGCGAAUGAUUGUUCUGAAAAUAUUGGCACCAGUAUGGCUCAGAGUUCUAAUCAGAAAGACAAAUGUAGUUUUCCCGAUCUUGAGGAAGCUUUCGGGACUAAAAUACCCGAGGAAGGUUAAAAUUAUUGCUUCAUUUUGAUAUAACUUAUGGAUUUGUAAUUUCGUAACACAGAAAAAUAUGUUGAGUAAUGAAUGAUUUGUUUGGAAAGCAAAUUGACCUGUGAAGUCAUUUGAGGUGUCUGUCUAAAAAAUAUUUAUAUUAUCAGUCGAAUUAGAUGUAAAAAUACAUGGUUUAACCCAUCCAUUUUUCAAUCACAA